AAGGCAGCUCGAGACAACGUCGGAGCCAACGGCCCUCUUCUGGAGGGAGGGGGGGGGCUUAUAUAUAUUAUAUAUAAUAUUAACAAUAUAUAUACACACAUGUGUGAACUGUUUGGCCAACAUAUGUGGACAACAGUUAUUUUUAAGAAAAAAAAAAAAAGCAUUUACAAACCGCGGGCUUUUACAUUUUUUUUUAAUUUUUUUUAAAAAAUGCCUAUUUUACUUUUCCUGUUAGACACGUCCGCCUCUAUGAAUCAGCGCACUUAUUUGGGUACGACGUAUCUGGACGUUGCUAAAGGCGCGGUUGAGGUCUUUAUGAAGCUGCGUGCCCGAGACCCGGCUAGUAGAGGCGACAGGUACAUGCUAGUUACAUUCGAUGAUCCACCAUACGGAGUGAAGGCCGGCUGGAAGGAGAACCACGCCACCUUCAUGUGCGAGCUGAAGAACCUGCAGGCAUCUGGGCUGACCACAUUAGGUCACGCUCUCCGCACAGCCUUUGAUCUGCUAAACCUCAACCGCCUCGUCUCAGGCAUCGACAACUACGGACAGGGCCGUAACCCUUUCUUCCUCGAGCCAUCUGUGAUCAUCACUAUCACUGAUGGGAACAAGCUUACACACAGCUCUGGGGUGCCAGAUGAGCUGCACCUGCCUCUGAACUCUCCACUGGCAGGCAGUGAGCUGACCAAAGAGCCCUUUCGCUGGGACCAGCGUCUGUUUGCGUUGGUGCUGAGGCUGCCAGGAGCAGCCACACCAGAAAACGAGCAGCUCGGCAGCGUCCCCACAGACGAGUCUGCAAUCACCCAGAUGUGUGAAGUCACUGGAGGGCGAUCAUACUGUGUGAGGACGCAGAGGAUGUUAAACCAGUGUCUGGAGUCUCUGGUCCAAAAAGUUCAAAGUGGUGUUGUAAUAAAUUUUGAGAAGACAGGGCCGGAUCCGCCUCUAAUUGGGGAAGAUAACUCAGUGGAGCCGAGUCGUCCUGUGUCAGCCUUCAGCCCACAGUUGUGGCACAGUUGCCACAAACUCAUCUAUGUGCGACCGAACCCCAAGACGGGGGUUCCAGUUGGGCAUUGGCCCAUACCAGAGUCCUUCUGGCCGGACCAGAAUUCUCCCACCCUGCCACCUCGAACUGCUCAUCCCGUGGUGCGUUUCUCGUGUGUGGACUGUGAGCCCAUGGUGAUCGACAAGCUUCCCUUUGACAAGUACGAACUGGAGCCAUCUCCACUCACCCAGUACAUUUUGGAACGGAAGUCUCCACACAUGUGCUGGCAGGUGUUUGUUAGCAGCAGCGCGAAACAGAAUGACCUGGGGCAGCCGUUUGGCUACCUCAAAGCCAGCACCACUCUCACCUGUGUCAACCUGUUUGUCAUGCCUUACAACUACCCGGUCCUUCUCCCACUCCUCGACGAUUUGUUUAAAGUGCACAAACUAAAACCAAACCUCAAGUGGCGGCAGGCUUUGGAGUUGUACCUGAAGACGAUGCCUCCAUACUACCUCAUGCCCUUAAAAAAGGCGUUGAGGAUGAUGGGUGCGCCUAAUCUUAUUGCAGACACCAUGGACUGUGGCCUCAGUUACAGUGUUAUCUCCUACCUGAAGAAGCUUAGCCAGCAGGCAAAGAUGGAAUCAGAUCGCCUGAUCGUGUCUGUGGGGAAGAAGGCUCCCCAAGAAACUGGCAUAAAGGUGAAGAACCACUCCAGCUCUCUCUCACUGGCACACCGCCGGGACUUCAAGCAGUUGCUGCAGGGAAUCACCGGAGAGGGGCCCCUUCGCCUGGUGGACAUCAACUUCAAAGAGUUCGCCGGUUUCCAGAUCGCCCUGCUAAACAAGGACGUAAAACCUCAAGCUUAUCGAAAUGCCUACGACAUCCCGAGACGGAACCUUCUGGAUCAACUCACCCGAAUGCGCUCCAAUUUGCUGCGGACGUCACAAAAACUGAUCCGAGGUCAAGACGAAGACUAUCUGCACAGUAUUCCAGUGGCUCAGAUGGGAAACUAUCAGGAGUACCUCAAAAUGAUGCCGUCUCCUCUGAGAGAGAUCGACCCCGACCAACCGAAGCGCCUGCACACAUUUGGGAAUCCUUUCAAGCAGGAUAAGAAGGGGAUGAUGAUCGAUGAGGCAGAUGAGUUCGUAGCGGGCCCUCAAAACAAGAAAAGAGGAAAUUCUGGCGAUCCAAACUCAGGUGCCACUAUGAAGAGAAGGCGGAGUAUGUCCCCGUUACUGCGGAGGCCGCAGACUCCACCGGGGAGCCCCAACCACGUUGCGGUGGGAAAGAGUCCGGCAGCAGGGCAGCAGAACCUCCUCAAACCCAUCCCACAGCACAAAGGAGUGGAUGGCAACAACGUGGUGGUCACUGAGAGUAAUGGAGACGGGGUUCUUGGACCUGAGUCGGUGGAGAUCUGGCCUGCCGAGUUGGACACCGUAGCGGGGACUCCGUCCUCACUGAGCCUAGAGGAGAAGGACGGGAUGGUGGCAGCAGAUCAGGGAGAGGACAUCAACAUGGUGGAGGAAAGACUAGUGGAAGAUCAUCUGGACGAGCAGCAGCUAGAGGAGAAACUCAACUGUGAUCGACUGAGUCCGCAGAGCCAACUGGAGUGCACUGACGUCGACGCUGACGCCGACGCCGACGCCGACCCUGCAGCACUUGAGACCAUUUUCAUCGCCCCGUUAGACGGCAGCCAAGCAGAGCUGAGGAGUCGGGUCAUCAAGGAGGUCCGCAAACCCGGGAGAAAUUAUGAGGCAAUACUCCGACUACUGCAGCAGGUCAAAGGACCAGUUAAUGUUCAGAAGUACUUCAUCCAGCAUGCUAUCAGAGAGGCAGUCAGGUUCAAGAAGCGAGUGCUGAUCCAGCAGCUGGAGACGGCGCUCGCUGAGGUGGAGGCGAGGCACGCGGCAUCCUCACAGCUUCCCAACGAUCACGGCAGUUAGUGGCGAAGCCAUCCAGAGAUAAAAAGAAAAUGAAGCUCGUCUCGUCUGAAGUUUAUUUUGUUGACCAUUUGAUUCACCACCAUGCAAGACACAACCGUGUUCAUUAGCCUCAGAAAGACACACUGGGGGGGCUUGAAGGAGGAGGAGGGACAAAUGCACUGAUAGCACAGACUGUCCCUGUUCUCUUACAUCACAUCCGGUUAGAGGUGGAGGGUAAGGGGUUUAACUGAGGACAGAUCCACGCCGGAUAUAAUCCUCUUUAUAUUGACAGAUGCCUUAAACAUCCAUAUGGCUUUUGUCUGUAUCGGCACAUUGUUCAGACGACACACAAAACACAAACUGUUAGACAGACAGACAAUAAGCCGUCAGAUCCUCAAAUGGCAGAACAGAAGGGACAGCAGAGUCAUUCCUGUUUAGAGACAGAUCUUUCUUCAGCUGGUCUGAAAAGUGUUGUUUUGUUUUUUUCUACGAGUAGUAAUGUGUUGCACAUUUAGAUUUAUGACUAAGAGGAGAAAUUCGGUCCACCCAGUUACACCUCAUACUCUACAAACUGAUAGUUAUCUCAUAUUUUCCUGGCUGUGACGGCACUAGGGCUUGGGCAGUAUGCAUAAAACCUUUUUUUUAUGUUGUUUCAACAACGUAUAUUGUGACAUAUUCUGGAAAUUCAAUUGAGAAGCGACGAUAAGAGAAAAUACCCCAGAUGGAAAAUGUCGAUUUCUUGGCCAAUCCGGUCCAUAAAACACCAGACGAAUCGUGGUAAUGCAUCACAUUGAUGCAAACAUUAUGUAUAUCUAAUGUAGCCAUAUUAAAGGGAAAGGCAGCUCGGUGUAAACAACAGAGCAAAGUCUAGAAAGUCUCUUUUUGUCAUAUUGCCCAGCCCUUGUCAGCAUGUCGUCAGUCUUGUCUGUCUUGGCUUUUAAACGCCCAAACUGGCUCCAUGUUGUUACAGACUAACUUUACACAAUAGUGCUUUUUAAAGCUGAAAUUGACAGACACACAGUUUACUCCACAGAUGUAUCUUCCACAAGACAAGUUGUUUUUACUGGUUUAUUGAUUAUCACGAUCCUCGUUCCUGCCAUUACAGCAAUAGAAGUUCAGUGAAUGCAGCUGUUGGGAUCCAUUCAGAGUUUACUCCUCCAACACACACACACACACACACACACCCACGCAGUCCUGUAAAUCUUCCAUGACGGCGCCACAAACACUCCAUUGAUUCCCAGAAUUACAACUUUAAUUCGGAGGAAUUCGUGCAUCUGUCCGGACCUCACCUGUUGUUGAACUUUCGCAGCCGGUAAGCUGCCCUCUGCUGCUUUUUACAUCAACUCGAGUUUUUUUCCGCCUCCUUUUUUUGUGUUUCCUUGUUUUUAUGACAGAUGUACACUACUUUUUAAAUGUUCAUAAGGAAUAGAGAUUAUUUUUGUGAUUUCAGAGUAUAAAGAAAUAUUUUGGAAGAAAUGUUUAAAGCCAAUUUUGUAAACUGUUAAAUACGUAUAUAAAUGGAAAAAAAAAGUUUUAUGAAGCUUCUCUUUUUUUAACAAAACAAAAAAUAAACCACGGGUAGAGUGAUA